AUGGAUCCGGUCGGUACAGACGAGAUUGGACCAAUUGCGUUGCUCAUGGAUGAGCUGCGGUCCGAGGACGUGCAACUCCGGUUGAACGCCAUUCACCGCGUAUCCACCAUCGCGCUAGCCCUUGGCCCCGAUCGCGCACGCGACGAACUUAUACCCUUUCUGCAAGACUCCGUAGACGACGAGGACGAGGUCCUUCUUGCGCUGGCAGAUGAGCUGGGCAAGAACUUUGAAGAAUAUGUGGGCGGACCGGAGUACGCUCACGUGCUGCUGGGGCCGUUGGAGAACCUGUCGGCGGUGGAGGAGACGCUCGUUCGCGACAAGGCCGCCGAGUCCAUAACUAAGGUUGCCGCCGUCUUGAGCCAACAGCAGAUCGAACAGUACUAUAUUCCCCUUCUCGAGCGUUUGUCCCGUGGCGAAUGGUUCACCUCCCGCACGUCGUCUGCCGCCCUCUACGCUCCCGUCUACGCCAAGGUCUCCACUACCAUCCAGGAUGCUUUGAGGAAGGGAUAUAGUGCGCUCGCCGCGGACGAUACGCCCAUGGUUCGCAGGGCAGCGGCAAAAUGGCUCGGUGCUCUUGUCAAAGAUCUGUCCAAGCCGCACGUCCUCAGUGACGGUCUUUCAAUCUAUCGUCGCCUCCAAUCUGACGAUCAGGACUCUGUGCGCCUGCUGACGGUCGAGGAUCUCGUGGCGAUCGCCCAGCAACUCACCCCGGCCGAGGUGCACGAGCAACUAUUGAAACAGAUCCGCCAAACCAUGACGGAUAAGAGUUGGCGCGUCCGUUACAUGGCUGCCAGCCAUUUUAACGAGCUUUCCGACGCUGUUGGGCAAGAGUUUGUCAGGGAGGAGCUCGUGGCGCAUUUUGUGGCUCUCCUCAAAGAUAACGAGGCAGAAGUUCGGACAGCAGCUGCGGGUCAAAUUCCAGGGUUUUGCAAGGCGCUCGAGAAGGAGGUCAUCAUCGCUCGCAUGAUCCCCUUCGUCCGUGACCUCUGCCAGGACCAGUCUCAGCACGUCCGGGCGGCGCUUGCGAAUCAGAUCACUGGCCUUGCACCUCUACUCGGCAAAGAUGCGACGAUCGAACACCUCCUCCAGCUGUUCCUCCACCUAUUGAAGGAUGAGUUCCCAGAAGUUCGCUUAAACAUCAUCAGCAAACUCGAUCAGGUCAACGAUGUCAUCGGCAUUCAACUUCUGGCCGAGAGCCUGCUUCCAGCGAUCGUCGAGCUGGCAGAGGACAAGGCAUGGCGAGUCCGCCAGGCGAUUAUCGAGUACAUCCCGCUCCUCGCGACGCAGCUCGGCAAGCCGUUCUUCGACGAGCAACUCGCCAAUCUUUGCAUGUCUUGGUUGGGUGACACGGUGUAUAGCAUCCGAGAAGCCGCUACCGUCAAUCUGAAGAAGUUGACUGAUGUCUUCGGCGUUGAGUGGGCUCGCACGGCUAUUGUGCCGAAGGUGGUAAACAUGGGAGCGCACCCGAAUUACCUCUACCGCAUGACCACCGUGCAGGCCAUUGGUACCAUCGCUCCGUCUCUCAACUUAGAGAUCAUACAGAACGAGAUUCUCGAGGCGCUUCUUCACCUCGCUACGGACACUAUCCCGAACAUCCGUUUCAACGUCGCAAAAUCAAUGGAGGUCCUUGCUGUUACGUAUGGCGCCACCCCAGAAGGCAAGGCGCUCAUCGCGGAGAAGGUCGUGCCCGUGCUCGAGGAGCUUAAAGCGGACUCGGACGCGGACAUUAUGAGGACAGCGUUCAGCGUUCAAGGAUGA